CCGUAAAUACCUACCCACAGUUGACCACUUCUGCCUCAGGCGGAGGCAGCUCUGGUUCUACUUGCGCCUGCCUCAGGCGGGUGCUUGUAUGUUCAUGUUUUUUCACUCACAUAUCGGUCAUCCAGGUGUGCCGAUCACACCUCCACCUCAAGCCGCAGAAAAGUUCGGAGACGCGUCGCACUCUCCUCCUCCUAUUGACCCGAGGACACUCAAUCUAUCUCCUGCACCAAUUCCGGGGGAUCACUCGCUUCCUCCCAUCGUAAUCCCGGUAGAUGCACCUAUGGUGGCUGAAACUGGUGUUCCCGUACUUGCGAGUGCAUCUGGUCCAGGCCCUGCUAGCGGCUCUCUUCGUGACAUACGCCGUGCCUCAGAUGCUGCGGGACCACGCAGUGGUGGUCUCCCGGGAAACUCACCAUUUGAUAAUCUAUAUGGACAGCCACACGAGACCGCAGCAGAAGAGAAGAGUCGCCUUGAGCGCGAGGAACGCGAGCGGGUAUCCGCAGCAGUGACAUCCUCUUUCUGAGCUUGGCAAGAAGAUCACGUUACAGGUGGAAGUGGUCAGCGCGUCAGAUACACGAAGCUCUGCGACAUCGGUGGUACAUGG